AAUAAGAGUACACUUUCAAUCAGUGAUUGUUAAACUCUGUUUAAGGUGCACUGGCUGACUUCAGAGUUCCUAAAUUUACUCAGCAGAAAGAGUCUCUGUUGUGUUUUUGUUUGUAAAAACGAUCAGUUCUGUGGUCCAUGUUUGACCUGAUUGUGUUUCCUGAUGUGCUCUGUGUUUCAGUGGUGAAGGGAGAGGAUACCUGGAGAGUGACUCACUCUUCUGCUCAGAUCUGUGCCGUCAAAGGAUCAACAGUGGAGAUACCCUGCACCUACACAUACCCAUCAACAAUAAGACAACAAACUACUGUAGUUCAGAGCAGAUUCUGGUUUACUAAAGACAGGUAUGAACCUGUAGAUGUGAGAACAGACCCAGACUACUCAGGUCGUGUUGAGUAUCUUUUUCAUGAGAACGUCUGCACUCUGAGAAUCAAAAACCUGGCAGUGAGUGGAUUGGUUAUCUUCCUUCUCUCUGUGUCAGUGGUUCAGGGUCAGGACAGCUGGAGAGUGACUUACUCUUCUCUUCAGAUCUGUGCUUAUAAAGGAUCAACUGUGGAGAUGAACUGCACCUUCACAUACCCAGAGAGGAUAAAUAGACAAGUUAACUCACUUCAGAAAACAUUCUGGUUGAGAAAAGAUGGUUUUUAUUACAAAGAUGUAGAAACAGUUUCAGAGUAUUCAGGUCGUGUGAAGAAUAUCUGUGAUGAGAACAAAUGCACUCUGAGAAUCACAAACCUGAGAGAGACAGACUCGACUGUGUACAGGUUUGGAUUCAUAACAAACAAAGACAGUUAUCAUGGUCGACCUGGGGUCACUCUGUCAGUCACAGAUCUCCAGGUGAAGGUGAGCAGACCACAUGAGGCUCUGCUCUUUCAGUGUCUCAGUGGACUUUCCAGUCAAACCUCCUACAUCUGGUUCAGGAACGGACAGAAACUCAAACAUAGCACUUCAUCUUAUUAUUCACCAGAGCAGCUUCUUCAGACAGACAGUUACUCCUGUGCUCUAUCAGGACAUGAGGAGGGCAGUUCAGUGACUCUGAACUGUAGCAGUGAUGCUAACCCAGCAGCUAAUUACACCUGGUACAAGAAUGGACCUCUAAACCUUAAUCCCUCAAAUGCAGGAGCACAGCUCGUCCUCAGUUCAGUCAACUCCUCGGCCUCUGGAGAGUAUUACUGUGAAGCUGAGAACACGCUGGGGAGAAGGACAUCCAAACACAUCUCUAUAAAUGUCAAAUGUGAGUAAAACACCUAUUAUUUAAAAAGUGUA